AUGUUGCCGAGUAGUCUUCUUCUUCUACUUCUAUGCCUCCUGCAUUGUCAAGCCUCCAUUGCCUUCCCUUCACCCUUUGCCUCCACCUUUGAUGUGGUGGAGGAGAGUCCACCUGGAAGUAUGAUUCCAGGUGUGGCUGAUUAUCUCAAGAGGAUAGUGCUCCUCCGAGUGGAGAUGCCCAAUUCCACCACCUUCCAGCUCAUGGGGACAGACGCGUUGACCAAGAGUUUCGUGAUCAAUGAGAAGUCGGGAGAGCUGCGCACCAUGGGUCGAAUUGAUCGUGAAACCCUAUGCAGCAGUGAAGUGGAUCCAAGAAGCGAUCUAGCCACCGAUUCCAACUGCUUAAAACCUCUCAAUGUCUUGAUCAAGUCCCUCGGAAUCGGUGGAGCCUCGGGCAGCAAUAUGAGGGAGAAGAUAAUGCUGCGGAUACUUGACAUCAACGACAACGCUCCCCGAUGGCCAGGAAAACGUCUACUGACGGUGAAAUUUGUCGAGGCCUUUCAAUCCCUUUCAAUGUACGGGAAACAGGAAAUGACCACGCAGUCUCAACUCCUGGACCGCGCUAUCGAUCCCGACUCUGGGCCAAAUGGAACCGUCUCUUACAGUCUCAAAGGUACUGGGGCUGAUAUGUUCCGGCUGGAGUACGCAGAUCAUGAGAAUGGCCGAUUUGUGCAUCCGGACGUUAACAGUCCCUUGCGAUUAAAACCGGUGGUCCCCCUGGAUAGGGAGAUCUUCGAGUUCUACAAUCUCACCCUCUUUGCCUACGACUCGGGCAAUCCACAACGAUCCAGCAGCAUUCCUCUCCACGUCUACAUCACCGACGUCAAUGAUCACGUCCCCGUGUUCCAUAGCUACGUCCCCGGUCAUGUAUCCGCCUAUCCACGAGAAAGUAAGCAAGGCGAGUUGGUGAAGUACGUUCCUGAACGGGGCCACUUGAUGGAGACGGCGAGAAUUGGUAGUGUUGUCCUCCAACUCAAUGCCACAGAUGAGGAUGCGGGAGACAAUGCUCGCAUCACCUACUCCAUCUUCCCCAGCGACGCGGCUUUCGUCCAGACCUACUUUGCUUUGGAUCCUAUCACUGGCUACCUUACGGUGAAACAGAGGCUGGACUACGAUUCUGGACCGCGUAGAUUCACCUUUAAAGGGGAGGUGGGACUGGAAGGGGGGCUGGGGGUUGUGGUGACUAGACUAAGUGAACCGAAGUGGAAGGUUUUCUAG